AUGUCGCAAUUGAGAAAGCGAGUUCACCUUUUUAACUGUGAUAAUACGUACAAGCUAGAGCCUGUCGAGAAAUUGCUUGACCAAUUCAGCAUCCAUGUUGAGAAGCACUCGUUCAGACUCCCCGAAAUGUCUGAAAUGAUAGAAAAAAUUCCAACCUUAGAGAUGGAUAUGGCCUUUUUCGUGGUUCAUGCGCAUGAAUCUCGACUCUCGAUCAACGAAGACAACGCUGGAAUUGGUUACGCCAAGAUAUACAGAGCUUUACUAAUGGCGACGGGUAAGAAGCGGAAGUAUUUUACUCAGUCAUCUUUUCGAACGCAUUUCAUUGCUCUUAAUCGCGGAUUUUUGGGCAAGCUGGGCUAUUUUUGAGAAAGGUAGUGGGGACUUAGUGCAAACCUUUUCUAUAUUUCCUAAACAAUAGCUCGUUAGACAUCAGACGUGAAAGCGAAAGUAAAUAAUCAUAGAUUAAGGUCGACGGUUGCUCCUCGAAGUGGCAAAAUGUGAAGACUUGUUUUAUGCAGCUGAGUCAGAGUCUUGAACACUCAGAGUGAGUUUGCUAUCUGAAUUUUCUGUUUUGUUCUCUAAGGCGAAGGCUUUUCGGCUAAAGGGGGUUGAUCUUGCCUUUUGAAAUUUCAGUAGCUUUAAGUCUAUAAAUAGGUAAAUUAUUUGCAUUUUUUAUCUGGAUACAACACGUUCAAGUUGAGUAAAUACUGAUGAAGAUAUACGUACAUGUUGCUGCCGGAUUAAACAUAUUAUCUAAACUCACAUUAACUUUCCUCGUUUAAAACACAUUUAAUAUUGCUCGAAAACGCUUCGUCUGGCACCUAAAGUUCUCUUUAGGAAAGGCAGUGGUAACUUUGUAAAAUUUUAGUAAAAAAGCGAUGUACUAUAGUGUUCCACAACAAAAGCCCAUUAGACACCCAAUCUUGAAAGCGAAAGUAGAUUAUCAUAAAUUGAUAGCUUCUGUUAAAUCACGUUCGACGGCAACCCUGUAGAGUGGCUAACAGCGAACAAUUGUUUUAUGUAACGGCGUCAGGGCAAUAAUCAAGUUUGUUUUUAUUAGCUGUCCGACCUUUCUGAUCCAGGCGGUGUGCGCACUCUGAUUGCGUUGCAUCAUGAUCGUAAAACGAAAAGUGAGUCAUUUGCAUCCUGUCGCGGUCGAGUGAGCAUCUUUGGUGGCAGCAAGAUAGCGUGAAUAAUCGUGGAAUGUAACGAGGAUUCACUUUCUGUUGCAGUUCCUUCGAAAGUUAAAAAGUGUUUGCAGGCCUGCGCGACUCCUGUUACUCCUCCGUGACAAAUUCGUUGCUGGGAGGCAACUGAAGAGAUUCAGAAAGAAUCGAAACUGCAGCCUUGCCCACUAAUCUAUUCAUUUGGUAGCAGUCACACUCACAGCCGAUGGCUGGGUGAACAAUAUCAAAUUCGCGAGUUAUUUAACAGGGAAUCGACGCUUGACAUGCAAACGAAUUACAGAGAUAGCGACCUUCUAGUACACGAACUAUUUUUCAUGUCAUGUACUUAAGGCGUAAAUAUGGAAUUCGCGAAAGGAGAAGCCAAAAUUCGUCACGCUUAACGUUUAAUAAAAAACGCGCAGAUUUUCAAAUAUGCUUAAAAGAAUAGAGAAUACUCAGAAUAAGGUUAUGAAAACCGUAUCUCUGAAGUUAUCUUCUGUGGGAGAGACAGUAUGAAAAUAUUACCUUUUGUAACACGAUCUCAUCCGGCUUUGCCAAACCUCAAGAACAUACAGACAGGGAAAUAACAGGAAACUAACCCUUAUCAUCACAUCGCAAAGGAAAGUCAUUAAAAGCUAUCUUUAUAACAGCUAAGUUUUCAGGUCAGAAGAUUUAAAAGCGCAAGCGAAUGGCAGGAGUCGCAGAAUCCUAUCAACACCUUUUAACGAUCGACUGCCUUAUGCUUUCCGGCUUACCCGGCGUGUCGCCGUGUGUAAUAUAGAGUUUUUCAGUGAUGAAAUGACAUUGUUCCAAUUCAACUGUCCUUCGUUCAAUGAUCCAGAAAGUAGAUUUACCAUACAACACUCGCGACUAGCUAAUUUGCCUUUACUUUGGAAAGUAGAUUUACAACACAAUUGAGUAUACAAUAGUAACGCUGUGUAACGCAACAAUAGGCCUUUUCUCGGGCUUAGGGUAAAAUAUAGACUGGACUAUUUUUUGAAGCAUUUUUUGGACCGUUUUAUAAGGGGGGAGCACAUUAUUAGUACUCAGAGAUGCAGUCUAUCAGCUCUGAGGGAGGGGUGGGAGGCACGGUGUUACUGAGGGAGGGGUGAGAGACGGACUAUUACUACGCGGGGAACAGUGUAAACACUACUGGUUAAUGGAGCUUUCACUCGAUCGUACAAAUUAUUUUAAUCAGUUUUUCGACUGACUUUUUGUGCGUGUGCCCAUUAGGUUGACUUGUGCCAGUGCUAAAUGAUACUCACGGGUUAGCAUGACUACGUUUUGCCGACGGAGAAUAUCUGCAUGCAACAGUAGCUACCAUAGUUCCACUUCGCAGGUUUUGUGGGUUUUUACGCAAGAAGUGAUUAGCAGCGUCCAGGGCAAAUUGGAAAACAAGCCUAGGGGAGACGCGAGCAAUACUUAGUCGCGAUUUCCGGUGCCGGUGAUUAACUCCUUUGUUUGCGAAACAGAUGAAAUCGAGAUUUGCGCUUUCUCAUAUUGCAAGUACAGCAGUGUUUUUGCUCGAUUCGAGAAUAUGGAUUCCUCUUCGAAAUCGUUUCCUGAGGCUUUUAUAAAGUAAAGUUCUAAACGUUAAAAUUGCGAUAGUGCCUGUGAAUUCUAUAUGCCGCCAAGUCAAGGGCUAAGGACCGGAAAUUCCGUGAUCUGGUCUGAUAAGAGCAAUGACAAAAGGAUGAUAGAUAAAUUUAGUAAUUAAAUACUGUGCACACAAAGGGAAACUUGAAGGAACUGAUGGUGCACAAGUCGAGUCAAAAGGCACACGUAUAACUCAACAGUGGAGGAUCGUAAACGCGAUAUUUUCAACAAAAAUUGAAGUCCAGUGUUUACGAGGCAGUUUCGCUUUCGCGUGACAGAAAAAUGAAGAAACGCCGCGGCCCAACGCAUACAGAAAGUCAGUUGAAAAACCUAUUAAAGUAAUUUGUAUGAUCGAGUAAAAGCUCCAUUAACCAGUAGUGUUUACUAUUACCAUCACCUCCCAGCCCUCCCUGCAUAGUAAUAGUCCGUCUCUCACCCCUCCCUGAGUAAUAACACUCUACCUCCCACUCCUCCCUCAGUACUGAUAGACUUCAUCCUACCUCUUCCUGAGUACUAAUGGUGUGCUUCCCCCCUUCUAAAUUUCUCCAAAUAAUUGUCCAAAAACUGGUCCAAAAAAUGGUCCAAAAAAAAAAUACAGUCCAUAUUUUACCCUAUGCCCUUUUCUCGGUCAUAAUCGGUCUCACUUAAAAUGCGAGAAACGCAUGUACCGUUAGAGAGUGUUUGAGAGCGUUUGGUCAGUGCUGUUGAAGCGGCCAUCCAAAUCUUCGAAAGGCUCCAAACUUCGAAAUACAUCAAAUUUGAUAUUCUCGAAAACUGGUCUCAUAUUACAUACUAAAAAACGGUGCUUACGUUUGUCCUUGAGAACCAUAGAAUACGCAACAAAUACGCACAAAAAAUACUUUAUACAUUCUCAAUAAAUAAAAUUAUAUUUACCAAUGGUGAAAGGGAAAAGGAACGGCCUAACUUCUACGAAGUGUUCAGUCAAAAUCUGCCGAUUUCUCUCGCUUUCAUCGUCAUAUUGAAAAUGGAGCUACCACAAUGCAACGCAAUCGGCGUGCGCACACCGCCUGUUUCUGAUCCUUCUUCGACUCUUAGGGUUGAGACUACUCCUUAUGACAGAGAAGAACCUUUGCCUUUUUCUAAGCUCAGUUUAGAGGGAUAAUCAUGCAUACAUGUUUUGUAAUUUCAGAAGCUGAAACUCAAAGAGCAUAGUCCCUUUCCCGGCUCCGCCCGAAAGUUUAUGAAAAAGCCAUAGGGCCCGGGAAUCGGGAUGCCGCUCGUUCAAGUUAGGUAUAUCCCAUAAGUAUAUUGAAAAUUUCUAUUACACGUUACUCUCGGCGAGAACAUGAAAAUGAUCCGACACUAACCGUCAGGAAAGUAUGAGACGAAUUGAAACGAGAAACGUAUCUAAGAAUUAUUUUGCUGAGGCUGAGGUAAUAUUGAAUAUAUUAUCUAACAAGACUGGAUGAUAUUCAAAGAGAAAAAAAAAAUUCAACCAUAACAAUCAAAUCAGCAAGAGUUCUCAUUGGAUAUUUUGAGCUUUCAAAACAUAUUUCUUCAGAAAAUUUGCUUUUGACAGGAUGAAACAGUCAAUUGUUUACCUUUGCAAAUGAUACUAAUUACCAGCAGUUAUCUAUAACAACCAAAAUGGGGUCAAAUGCGUCGUUUUUAAACAUAUGAAAUCCAUUUGAACAAACACUUGAUGACAGGUAAAUUGAAAUCAAUUAUAUGUAUUUACUGUUUCAGGAAAACAUGAUGUGCUCUUGACUUUAUGUUAAAUUUUAUCUUCCUUUUAGUAAAUAAGUGAUAUUUAGCAUUAUGUUCACGAGUGCAAGAAAAUGUACGAAAAUCGAUUCCGAAAAGGUCUGCAAGGCCCUGGCGUGACGCAAACUGAUCGAACGUUUCAUGUAUGCACAUUCUACGCAGGUAGCAGCUUCCUGUCGACAUGUUGAUUGCGCCUAGUCAAUCAAGGAUAUUCUUCCAUAUGUAAAAUCUGGUCACCAGAAGUGUGUAAUAACUCUGCACUCAUUUACAUUUUCAUCUGCUCGAUCCACAGGAGGAAAUGUUAUCACCGUCAUCGGGGGAGAUGAUAACUACAAAGACGACAAGGAAGAGAAUGGAGAUGUUAUUUCAAGUUGGGCGAAGAGGAAAGUCUCUUCACAGUUCGGCAGUGAGUAUCUUGAUGGUAGGAAGAGCUUUAUCUUCUCCUGGAACAAACAACAUCGAGCGGUUCACGAACAAGCUUUACUGCAUCACUUUGAUACAAACAAGAAAGGACAAAAGUUUGAAUAUCGGCCGCCUACUCCCAACCAACAAUCAAACUCACAACCUCAAUUGCAGGACACAUCUACAGAAUUAGAAAAUCCAUACACAUCCAAGAGUUGCUCACAUAACGGUAAAGACACCUCUUUACUGUCAGCUGACAACGAGGAAAAUCCGACUGAUUCAGACCCUAGUGGCGUCAGUAGUGCCGCGGGCGGCAGCAGAGACUCGGCGGGGAUGGAACCUUCUUGCAGUAAUCAGGGAGACAGUACCUACACACCAAACACACAUUUGAUCCGCCCAAGAAGUUCUGAAGAACCGGAUAUUGACGCUGACUCGUCUUCUAACGUUACCGAAGAUCAAUUACAAACUCAAUAUUUAGAAGUAAAAAGCUGUCAUGGGGAGAGUUCCCAAAAUAUCCCGCAGCCUGUUCUGGCGACACAACUCCCUGGAAACCCUCCUCCCGUUGUUGUGCUGAGAAGUAUCGCUCGUUAUGGAAAGAUAUCUAAUCAGUUAGGUGACCUUCAAGUUUGGGACCCUGAAUUUAUAAUUCCAGAAGACAUUCAAGAAAGGUUGAUCAGAAAACACCGUCAUACCCAUGAUAUUGGAGUAAGAAUUAUUAGGAAUAGUGAUGGCACACUUGAGUGUCAUGAUUAUCAAGAUUUUACGAAGUUUUUCCUAAAUGACGAUAUAGAGCUUGCUAAAGAUGAGUUUCUUUUAAUGAAAACUCGUAUCCACCACGGAAAGGUGUCUUUUAACGACGUUGAUGUACAGUUUAAGUUUGGAAAUUUUCACAUUCCUCAAGACAUUAUCUCUGGUAUCACAGAAAAAGUUAGUGCUGACCUGUACAUCAUUUCAGGAACUGAAAGGAAAUUUCGAUUCAUAGUAAAAAGGGAAAGUGCUUCUAAGAGAGUAACAGAAUUUAUGAAUAGAGAGUUUCAUUUUUUUUCUCGUUCCUUACAUAUUUUUUUGUCUUGUCCCUCUGCUCCUAACCUUUAGCACUGGAGAAAGUGUAUUUUAUGUUUGUAUGUCAGAGCGAGUUGGAGUGCCUGUGGCACGAAGUACUUUUUGCGUAAUUAUUCAGUUUAUCAUUUGUACAAUCCUUAGGGGAAAAUUCCAAAAAAUUGCAGCUGUUUUUUUUCCUGGCCCAAGGUGCUCUUUUGUCUAAAAUGGUUCUGUAGACUGGCGACGGGUUAGCGUGUUAUGACGUAGAAAACUGUAAAAACUUUCGAUUGACACUUGCGAAAUCUCAUAUUUCUCUUGUAAUUUUGUAUUAGUUAACGUUGAAAUACUGUAGAGAUAAUGUUUGAUGGCGAUGUAUACCUACCUUCAGCAAGCUCUGCUGAGAGUUGUGAUACAUCAUACUUGAGUAAUAAAGAAAAAAUUGAAGUUGC